AUGCCCCAUGCAUCGUAGUUCACAUCCUUACUCAACUCCUUAACCCAGAGAUAAUAAUAGUAAUAAGGCCAACCCUAUAUAUAAUCCAUAAGACCAUAAUCUCCUAUAUAUACACGUAUCAAUUAGUGCAAGCAUUUGGCAACCAAGAAAGAUUGAAAAAAAAUGGGAAAUAUUCUAAGGAGAAGCAGCGCUGUACACCCGGCUUCCGGCGAAGGGAUGAGAGGAGGAUACGUGGCGGACGCGGUGGCCGGAGAGAAGAAGGGUCGUUUAAGGAUUAAAGUGAGGAUGAGAAGAGAUAAAUUCGAAGAGCUUUUGUAUUUGGCAAGUCGUGGUGGUUGUGAUCAAUCAGACGGUGGUAAUAAGAUUGGUUUCUUGAUUCUUAAAGAAUGUAUGGAAGGUCGCUUGCCAGCGAGUGUUCUUGGCUCCGAUGACGAUGUUUGGUCUCAACGGUGUGGAAAUUUCUUGGUGUCUCGAAGAUUGGGUUAAAUCAUAGAGGAAUAAAUUAAUCGAUAUAUGUCUCUUCAAUAUAGAUAGAUAAAUAUAUACUAUAUACACUUCUUCUUUUUGGUUAAACGGCCUUCUGAUAUACUAUAGUCUAUAGUUUUCUAGAUCAUUAUCAUAAAUAUUAGGCUAAAGAAAACAGGAGCUCCCUCUUAUUUAAAAAAGUCA